UUUGGAGAGUUAACAAAGUUAAGUUGGCUCAUUAAUCGUGUCUCUACGACUUAUUUCGAUCUCGAAGAGACUAAUCGGAAUUUGGAAUCCACCGAGAAACUGUUGUUCAUUCUAGAUCUGUAUUUGAUCUUCAUCUUCUACAACUCUACUUCCUCUGCAACUGGUCCUCUCGCCAAAACUUGCAGAUCCGUCGAUCACUCCCGGAGAUUUUGUGUAGGUUUAGUUUUUUUUGUGAUCCCAAUUUUCAAUUUUGAUGGCGUCAAAUCCUCAGUCUCUGCUGGACGAUCAAACGGAUGAGGAUUUCUUCGACAAGCUUGUUGAUGAUUCCUAUUCUCCCAGCCAAGCUCACGCUGCCAAGGAGCUCGAAUUCGUCAACGACGGGAGUGACUCCGAUGACGCCGCCAAAGCGUUUGCGAAUCUCUCUCUGGGUGAUGGAGAUGUGCAGUUGAAUGAAUCAGCAAACCCGGGGAACGAUCUUGUUGCAAACGAGGGUCCAAGUAGUUCGAUGCGGAAGGAAGAGGCUUCAUCGCUUCCUAUGGAAGAAGCUGUUCACAGUGAUGCAAAUAAGUUAAGUGGUGAUUUGGUGGUGAGAUCGGAUGCGGAGGAUAAGCCGUUAUCUGAAACAGUUAAAGAUGGAUCUGGGAGCCCUGGGGUUAAGGAGGUUGAUUGGGGCUCUUUUUGUGCAGAUUCAUCUGUCAAUGAUGGCGGCGGGUUUGGUUCUUACUCUGACUUCUUCACCCAGUUGGAUGGAUCUUCUACAGGAAAUUUACAGGGAAAGGCGGAGGUAGAUGCGGCAAACUUAGUAUCCAAUGAUACACAGAUUGCAAGUUUUGGUUUUGAGCAACAUCAGGGUCAAGUGAGUCAAGAUUGGGAAAAUAGCUAUCCUGGAUGGAAAUAUGAUGCUAGCACUGGCCAGUGGUAUCAAGUUGAUAGCCAUGAUGAUGCAAGCAUGAAUGCACAGGAGAGCUAUAUAGACUCAGCGAGUAACUGGCAAAGCAGCGUUGCCUCUACUGAUAACUCCAAUGUUGCUUACCUGAGUCAGAGUACAACAUCUGCAGUGGCUGAGAGUAUCUCUACUUGGAACCAGGUUUCACAGGUGGCAAAUGGAUAUCCAGAACACAUGGUCUUUGACCCACAGUAUCCGGGGUGGUACUAUGACACAAUUGCUCAAGAAUGGCGCUCUCUGGACAGCUACAACCAGGCUUCUCAAACAACUGGAACUGGUCAAGCUCAUGAACAGCAAGUUCAGAACGUCCAUUCUCUUGGAUCUAUGUCUCACAACUAUGCCGAGAGUAAUAUUUAUAAUGUUAAUGGUAAAAACCAGGCAUUCAAAGCGCAAGACUUUGCUAUACAGAACCAACAGGGAAGUUGGGACCAGUCUUACUAUGCCAACAACAAGCAGCAGGCUACAAACACAUGGCAAUCAGAAAAUGGAGGUAAUAAUGAGGCGUCUGUAACUUCUGUCUCGUUUUCACAGUUCGGAGGAAACCAGCAAGUAAAUAGUUUGUACAUUACGGAAUCUGUGGCUGAACAGUUUAAGCCAAAUGAGAAUGGAGCUCAAGGCUUCAUCCCUCAGCAUAUGAAUGUGGCUAGUGUCACGCAGCAUGGACCACUGAGUUUCUCAAACAAUUUCUAUAAUAGACAGAAAUCUUUAGAUGAUACUCAACAGUCAUAUCAGAGCAAUCAGCUUUUCUCCCCAAGUGUAGGAAGAUCACCUGAUGGGCGUCCACCACAUGCACUUGUGAGUUUUGGCUUUGGUGGGAAGCUCAUUCUUAUGAAGGAUACUAACGGCUCUCUCCAGAAUUCAUCAUUCGGAAGUCAGGGGGCUGGGGGAAGCUCUAUAUCUGUCCUAAACUUGGCGGAAGUUACUUCUGGGAGUGCUUCUUUUUCAAGUCUUGGGGAAGACUCUUCGAGUUAUUUUCGUUCUCUGCAUCAACGAUGUCUUCCAGGUCCCUUGGUUGGAGGAAGUGUUGGAAAUAAAGACUUAAAUAAGUGGCUUGAUGAGAGUAUUUUACAUUGUGAAUCUUCUGACAUGGACUUUUCAAGAGGGAAGCUUUUAAAAAUGCUUAUGUCUUUGCUCAGAAUAUCAUGUCAGUAUUAUGGGAAACUCCGGUCUCCUUUCGGGGCUGAUACAACGCAAAAGGAAACAGAUUCUGCUGAAGCAGCAGUCGCAAAACUUUUUGCAUUUGCCAAGAAAAAUGGUGGCUAUGCUCCAUUAAGCCAAUGCUUGCAGCAUUUACCUCCUGAAUCACAAAUGCAAGCAAGUGCUUCAGAGGUGCAGAAUCUUCUGGCUUUUGGUAGGAAAAUGGAGGCUCUGCAAUGUGCACAAGAAGGCCAUUUAUGGGGACUAGCGCUUGUUAUCGCGGCACAGCUUGGAGAUCAGUUCUAUGCUGAUACUGUGAAACAAAUGGCCCUUUGCCAGCUGGUGCCUGGAUCACCUUUGCGAACAUUGUGCUUGCUCGUUGCGGGGCAACCAGCUGAAGUGUUCUCCAAUGGCAGUACAAGCUGUGUCGAUUUUUCUGGUUCCGUAAGUGCGUCUCCGCACCAAACCCAGUUUGGAAGUAGUAGCAUGCUUGAUAACUGGGAAGAGAAUUUGGGUAUAAUAACUGCUAACAGAACCACAGAUGAUGAGCUUGUGAUUACUCAUCUUGGAGAUUGCAUGUGGAAAGAAAGGAGCGAGAUAAUUGCAGCGCAUAUUUGCUAUUUACUUGCGGAUAAGAACUUUAACCCAUACUCAGAUAGUGCCAGGCUCUGCCUUGUCGGAGCAGAUCAUUGGAAAUAUCCUAGAACUUAUGCAAGUCCGGAGGCUAUACAGAGAACAGAGUUAUACGAAUACUCUAAGACGCUGGGAAACUCUCAGUAUAUCUUGUUACCGUUUCAGCCAUAUAAAAUCAUAUAUGCCCACAUGCUGGCUGAAGUUGGUAAACUUUCGGCCGCACAGAAGUACUGUCAAGCAGUAUCGAAGUGUCUCAAGACUGGCCGAUCAACUGAAGUGGAAACAUGGAAACAGUUUGUCUCAUCACUGGAAGAGAGAAUCCGUAUCCACCAACAGGGAGGGUAUACUGUGAAUUCUUCCCCAGCAAAAAUUGUCGGAAAAUUUCUUAACUUUAUUGAUAGUACAGCACAUCGUGUUGUUGGGGGCAUGCCACCAUCUGCACUUCAUUCAACAACAGGAAACUUACAGGCAAAUGAGUAUCAGCAUCAUCAACAGCAGGAGGCUGCUAAGUUACCAUAUAGUCAAUCUGCUAAUACAAUGCAAUCAUUGAUGUCACAUGCCUCAAUGGAACCAAUACGUGAGUUGGAUGGGAACUCAAGGACGAUGGCAGUACAUUCUAGAAGUGUCUCAGAGCCAGAUUUCGGUAGGACGCCAAUACAGGAUCAGCCUGUCUCCUCAAAAGACAAAGCUACUGAUGGGGUGCCACAGGUGAAACCAACCGUGAAUGUGACAAGUUCGCGGUUUAGCAGCUUUGGUUUUGGCAUACUAAAGAACACCGUACGGAGGGUCUUACCAUCUCGGCCAUCUAAAGAGGCAAAACUGGGUGAGGAGAAUCAAUUUUACUAUGACGAAAAACUAAAGAGAUGGAUGGAGAAAGGUGUAGAACCCCCAGCUGAGGAAGCUGCAUUGCCUCCUCCUCCAACAGUAGGCACGUACCAAAACAACUCACUGGGGUAUGAAAACAGAUCUGACAUGAUGAACGAGAUGUCUCCACCUAGUGGGAGCUGGAGCAGUGGCAGCCCGACUCCAUCCGAGAAUUCUGCGGGAAUCCCACCAGUCUCACAGGGCUCGAAUCAAUUCUCAGCUCGUGGACGCCCAAGAUACGUUGACCUCUUUAAUCCAGGCGGUGGAAACUCUAAGACAAUGUUUCAGUCAGCUCAUGCAAAAUCUGCUAAACCACCAAUCCCUGCAAAAGCAAAUUUCUUCAUCCCAGCAGCACCUGCGUCGUCUUCAAACGACCAGGUAACCGAGAUUGCAGCUACUGAAACCAGACAGGAGUACUCAGCAGAAAAAGAAGUAGCCGCCUCUGCAGGGGCUCCACCACCAAGCCACUCUUCAUUCCAGUCCCCGACUCCAUCUCCAAUGACAAUGCAGAGAUUUCCAAGUCUAGAUAACAUCAAACGAAGUGGAUCAGGAACGAGUCUUAACGGUGAUUUUCCUUCGUCAGGUUCCAGAAGAACAGCUUCAUGGAGUGGAAGUUUGAACAGCUCGUUUACAUCUCCAACGGGUCCAUCAAACCUCAAACCAAGCCCACUCAACGGUAGCAGCAGCAGCCUUGGAGAGGAGCUUCAAGACGUGGAACUGUAAGAGCUAGAAUCUGUAGUAUCAAAAAGUUUUGCUCACUGUCAGAGGUAGUCCAGUCAAAUGUUAAUCCAUGAGUUUACCCAAUACAUAAAAUACGAUAGGGGCAAUAUGUGUGAGUUUGUAUCCAUUGUUUUUUUUUUUACAUUACAAAUCAUUAAUUUUUCUUGUUUAACAGACUUCAGUUGUUGUACAAUUAUACACAUUAAUGUUCUGUUCAUGAGUAGGGGUUUAAUCAAAUGGUUCACCAUGUGAUUGUUUUUGCUAA